UUGAUAUUAAUUCAUCUGGUUCUUUUGGAAGCCUGCCCGAACAGGACGGAUUAUCCAGUUUUUUCACUCUCUUGCCAACACAGAGCUCCACCGUGCAAUGACAGGGAGGGGUUAAACUGAUUCGGAGGACUGGGUAACUUAAGACGUUUGGGGACGUUUUACUUUAACGAACACUCUGGGUUGUCGGCUGAGUGAGUGCAGAGUGCAGUGCAGAGUACAACGAUUCAUUUGGUUUGAGGCACUGCUUGGGAAAACGUAAAGCAACUUUUCCUUGUAAGAUACAAAGGCGGUUUCCUGCGGUGCGUCUCAUUUUAAUAUAAAAUGCGGUAGUACUGUCCUGGCGGAAACGGAGAUUGCAGAUCCAGAGUAAGGAUAACAAAAGGAAAGGUCGCGUGUCAGUGCAACAGGUAGAAACGUUUACUCCGUUCGUCUAAGAGAGAAACACACCAACUGUAUCAACAUGUCCAAAGCCAACCUCACAGGGACUUACCACAUGGUAUCUCAAGAGAAUAUGGACGGUUACCUCGCAGCUCUAGAUGUGAACUUUGCGCUGCGGAAGGUGGUGUGUAUGCUGAAGCCCACCAAACAGAUCCAGCACGAGCCCAGUACAGGACACAUGGCUAUCAAAACCGUCACCACCUUCAAGAACUUUGACAUGGACUUCUACCUGGGCAAGGAGUUUACCGAGGACCUGGGGGCCGUCGAUGGACGCAAGUGCCAGACGACAAUCGACUGGCAGGGGGAUAAGCUAGUGUGCGUCCAGGUGGGUGAAAAGCAAGGCCGAGGCUGGACACACUGGAUGGAGGGAAACAAUCUGCACCUGGAGCUAAGAGCAGAGGGGGUGACCGCCAAGCAGGUUUUUAAGAAGGCCGAGUGAAUGUGGGGGGGUCCUGGUCAGAUAGUUGCCAUGGCAACCAGCGCUCUGGCGGCCAUGGCGCUACACAGAGACUGAAGCCUCCCCGACAGACGUUUAAAGUGAUAGCAUUAGCAUAGUCUUUAUUUUAUUUUUAAAUGCAAAGGUAGUGGAGGACAUUAGCCACUCCUCCUCACCCAGUGCGAUGUGCAAAUGGCCCUGCCUGGUGUUGGGGAAUCUGAUAAAUGAAAAUAUCACCCUCUAACCACGAUAUCUCCCAAAUGGCCGCUGGCUCUGGAACAGGUCUGCUGGACUGGAUCUGGGCCGCAUCUGUGCCAGAGUCAGACGGUUGUCUUUAGUGCCGUUUCCUCCACCUGGAUGCAGAUGAAGUGCCCUAAUCUUCCUGAUCGCAACCGAUCCAGUCCGGUCAGGAAGUGGAGACGGCUGACUCAUAUGGCUGACCUGCUCCUGCACUCAACUGUCCCCCGGGCAGUUCGUCCCCCUAGUAAUGUGGCUAGUUUACAUGCAUGCAAAUACACUAUUACGACAACA